GUCAUGUGCUUGGCGGACCUUGAAAAUGAUUAUAUCAACCCUUAUGAUUCAGCAUCCGAGAUUAACAGACUUGUGGUUCCGGAGUUUGUUCUACAAGGAGCACUAUGCUUCGUACAUCUUGUGAUGGGGCAUUGGUUUAUGUGUCUGAUCUGUCUCCCAUACUUAUAUUAUGAUGUCAAAGUAUAUACUGAUCGGCGCCACUUGCUAGAUGUAACUGAGAUUUUCAAUCAGCUACCAUGGGAGAAGAAGAUUCGAUUGUAUAAGCUUGGAUACCUUGGGAUACUCCUUGUCUUUUCUAUAAUCAGUAUGGUCUGGAGCAUCGUGGCUGAAUGAAGAAUGAGGAAUUGCUGCUCUCAUCAAGGCCUACAAUUUGAUGAAUUUAUGAAAAUGAGAUACUUUGGGCACUUGUAUGUUGGAGCUGGCUUUUGUUGGUUUUCUCAGUAAUGAUGCCAAUUUUGCUGAGAAUGAUGCUGAUUGAUGGGCUGGAGAAUUAUUCCAAUUUAAGGAAAGGAUUUUGGUUGUCCUCAACUUGGGAAAACAUAUUGACGUUGAUUAUUAAGAUAUUAUUAUCGAUGCUAUUUAUCUUUAUUUUUUAAAUUUUUUUAAUAAUGAAGUGCUUAUCUAAUUACUUAAGAUAUAAGCAUGAUCAAAUUAGUCAUUUCAAUUACUUCCUCGUAGAAAAGAAUAGUCUUUUCAGUUAAUUAGAAAUAGAGUUCAGGUUGUCACUUGUAAGUUCUAUCAUGGACAUGAAUAAUAUUUGAUAAAUUGAUAUCUUCGGAUCCCUUUCUGUCCA